CUCCUCCUCCUCCUCCUCCUCGCCAGGUCCCAGCCCCGCACUGUCUCGGUAUAAAAGCGCCGCCGCCUCCCCGCCCUCCCUCACUCGCCCAGCUGCCUGGAGCGCGGUGGUGCCUCUCGGAGCGCGCUGGUUUCCCCUGCCGAGGGAGGCGCCCUUGGAAUUAAUAUUCCCCCCCCCUUUUUUUCUCUUCCCCCCCUUCCUCCCGUCGCCUCCCCUCUUUCGCCGCCGGAGGGAAGGAGGGGAGCCGAAGGGGACGCGUCGAGGCGGAGGCGCGGCGCUCGCCUGGCCAGGAUGGCGACGGUGGUGCAGGAGCCCGAGUCGGAGCCCUCUUGCAGCCUCCCCAACGCGGUCCCGCCCUCGCCCAGUCUGUCGCACCGCUUUCUCGACAGCAAGUUCUAUCUGCUGGUCGUGAUCGGCGAGCUGGUCACCGAGGAGCACCUGAGGAGGGCCAUCGCCAGCAUAGAGCGAGGAAUCCGAUCAUGGGACACAAACCUAAUAGAAUGCAACUUGGACCAAGAGCUUAAACUUUUUGUUUCUCGCCAUUCAGCAAGAUUCUCUCCUGAUGUGCGAGGUCAGAAAAUUCUUCACCACAGAAGCGAUGUCUUAGAAACUGUAGUCCUGAUUAACCCUUCAGAUGAAGCAGUGAGCACUGAGGUACGUUUAAUGAUAACAGAUGCUGCAAGACAUAAACUUCUGGUAUUAACUGGGCAGAGCUUUGAAAAUACUGGCGAGCUCAUUCUUCAGUCUGGAUCUUUCUCCUUUCAAAAUUUUAUUGAGAUCUUCACUGAUCAAGAGAUUGGAGAAUUACUGAGCACUACUCACCCUGCCAACAAAGCCAGCUUAACCCUCUUUUGUCCUGAGGAAGGGGACUGGAAGAACUCAAACCUUGACAGACAUAACCUUCAAGAUUUCAUCAACAUUAAACUCAAUUCUGCUUCUAUUUUGCCUGAAAUGGAAGGACUUUCUGAAUUUACGGAGUAUCUGUCGGAAUCGGUGGAGGUACCAUCACCUUUUGAUAUUCUGGAGCCACCAACAUCGGGAGGUUUUCUGAAGCUUUCAAAGCCUUGCUGUUACAUUUUCCCAGGUGGAAGGGGAGAUUCUGCACUAUUUGCAGUUAAUGGAUUUAAUAUGCUUAUCAAUGGAGGAUCAGAAAGAAAAUCUUGCUUUUGGAAACUCAUUCGACACUUGGACAGAGUGGAUUCAAUUCUGCUUACCCACAUUGGAGACGAUAACCUGCCAGGAAUUAAUAGCAUGCUACAGCGGAAAAUAGCUGAAUUGGAAGAGGAGCAGUCUCAAGGCUCUACUACCAACAGUGAUUGGAUGAAAAAUCUAAUUUCACCUGAUUUGGGAGUUGUAUUUCUUAAUGUCCCCGAAAGCCUAGGAAAUCCUGAUCCUAAUUUCCCCUUAAAAAGGAGUGUAGAAGAAGCUUGUUUUACACUACAAUACUUAAAUAAGUUAUCCAUGAAACCUGAACCUCUUUUUAGAAAUGUGGGAACCAACACUGAACCAAUUAUCCUUUUUCAAAAAAUGGGGGUAGGAAAGCUUGAAAUGUACGUGCUGAACCCUGUAAAAAAUAGCAAAGAGAUGCAGUAUUUCAUGCAUCAGUGGACAGGUACAAGCAAAGAUAAAGCUGAAUUUGUGCUACCCAGUGGUCAAGAAAUAGACAUUCCAAUUUCCUACUUGACUUCAAUCUCAUCUUUGAUUGUUUGGCAUCCUGCAAACCCUGCUGAAAAAAUCGUUAGAGUUCUUUUCCCAGGAAACAGUACCCAAUAUACCAUACUAGAUGGACUAGAAAAACUCAAGCAUUUAGACUUUCUUAAGCAACCAAUAGUAACACAGAAGGAUCUCAGUGGUAACAUGACAAGUCCAGCAGUAAAACAAACAAAACUUAAACAGCGAACAGAUAGCAAAGAAAGUCUCAAGCCCGCCACAAAAUCACUGUCUAGCAAAACAGUCAGAAAAGAUUCAAGGGAGGAGACGCCUGACACGGGGAAGUCAAGUCCUCCUGAUAAGGCUCAAAAAAUAGAGAGUAAAGAGAAACCCAUAGUAAAGAAAGAUAAGACAACAAAAGCUGAGACUAGACUUUCUGUGACAGAAAAAGAUCUGACAGCUAAAGAACAGCAACUUGUGAAAUCUGAACCUGCUGAAAAACAAGCAGCCGAUGUCAAACCAAAAGUAAUAAAGGAGAAGCAUGUCAAGAAGGAAGUGAAGGUAAAAUCUGAAGAGAAGCAGGAGGAGAAAGAGAAGCCAAAGAAGGAGAUUUCAAGGAAAGAAGAAAAAUCAGUGGCUAAGAAAGAGGAAAAGCCUAAAAAGGAAGAUGCCAAGAAAGAUAUGAAAAAAGAAUCUAAAAAAGAAUCAAAGAAAGAAGCUCCCGCAAAAGAGUCUAAAAAGGAAGAGAAAAAGGAAAUUAAGAAAGAAGAAAAGAAAGAGCCCAAGAAGCUUCUUAAAGAAACAAAGAAAGCACCUGCUGCCUUGCCCGAGUCAAAAAAGACUGUAACAAAGCCUAAGCCACAGAAGAAGGAAGAGUCUGCCAAAAAAGAAACUGGGCCUCUUGGAAAACCAAAGGAAAAAAUUAAAGCCAAGCCAGCAAAGAAAGAGACCAAGGUUACAGAAACAGCAGCUGCAGUAUCUGCUUUGGGGGCUGUUGCUGCUACAGUAGCAGCUGCAGGGGUGGCAGUGAGUGGACAAGAACUUGAAGUUGAGAGGUCACUCAUGUCUUCACCAGAGGAUUUAACAAAAGAUUUUGAAGAAUUAAAAGCCGAAGAAAUUGAAGUGGUAAAGGAAACAAAACCUCAGGUAGAUGUAAUAGACAAUGAAGCCAAGUUAACCGAUACAGAACAAAAGGAAGUUUAUGACAUUCAGAAAGAAAAAACAGGAGGGCCUGAUGAUUCUCCAGAUGAAGGUAUAACCACCACAGAGCCUGAGGGAGAAUGUGAACAAACUCCUGAAGAGCUGGAGCCUGUAGAAAAGGACAAGGCUGAUGACAAUGAAAAGUUUGAAGAUGAGGGGACAGGUUUGGAAGAAUCUUCUGAGGCAGGGGACUAUGAAGAAAAGGCGGAAACAGAAGAAGCUGAGGAACAAGGUGAUAACGAGGAAGAAGAAGCACUGCUAAGUGGCAGAAAGCAAGAUAUGAAGGGUACAGUAGAAGCUGAAAAAGAAGCAAUUGUAACACCUGAAUAUGAGAAAAUAAAAGAAUUAAGAUAUGAUGAAAAGGCAGAAUUCAGAGCUGAGGGCGAAGAGCGAGAGGAAGAAAAUGCUGAUGAAACUGUCGAAAAGGUAGAAACAGAAGAAACUGAAGAGGAGGUGGAAGAGGAGGACAAAACUGAGAAUGUGAGGGAUGAAGAAGAGGAAACUGAAAAAAUAGAAGCUGGGGAGGAUUAUGUUAUGGCUGUGGUGGACAAAGCAGCAGAGGCUGGUGAGAUUGAUGAUAAAUAUGACUUGCAUAUAAUCACUCCGACAAAGCACCCGGAAACCCAUUUGCCAGCUAAAGAACCAACAACUUCAAUCCAUGAUGAAACUUUACCUGGUGGUUCAGAAAGCGAAGCAACAGUUUCGGAUGAAGAAAACAGGGAAGACCAGCCCGAGGAAUUUACUGCUACCUCAGGUUAUACCCAGUCCACUAUUGAAAUAUCCAGUGAGCCAACUCCAAUGGAUGAAAUGUCCACUCCAAGAGAUGUGAUGAGCGAUGAAACCAAUAAUGAAGAGAGUGAAUCUCCAUCCCAAGAGUAUGUCAACAUUACCAAGUAUGAAUCGGCUUUAUACUCACAAGACUUUACUAGGCCUAAACUUCCUUCUCCACUUCCUGAUGCUUUCAAUGGGUUAUCUGAAGGUUCUAAAACAGAUGCCACUGAGGGCAAAGACUAUAAUGUGUCAGCUUCUACCAUUUCACCACCUUCUUCCUUAGAGGAAGACAAAUUCAACAAAUCUGCCUUCAAAGAUGUGUACCGCCAACCAGAAACUGAGGUCAAAAGUACUGGUAAGUUAGAAAUUUCAGAAGCAUUAGAUGAGAAGCAUAGCCCAACUAGAAGUCCAGAUGAAAGUCCAGCUGCUCUGUCACCAAUUGCUAAAACACCUCUCAGUGAACGCAGUGUGAACUUUUCAUUGACUCCUAAUGAGAUUAAAGUGUCUUCUGAACCUGCAACUUUCACAUCACUGCCUGAAAAAACUGAAGAAACUCAUGAAGAGCAUUGUCCCAGCCCUGAGGAUAAAACAUUAGAGGUGGUGUCUCCUUCUCAGUCAGCUGCUGGGAGUGCUGGGCACACACCUUAUUAUCAGUCUCCCACAGAUGAAAAAUCAAGUCAACUUUCCUCUGAGAUUUCUGGAAAAGCAAUAGACACUCCAGUCAUCAUUGAAGAUAGUGAUGCCAAAGAUAACAUUGCGAAACACAGAAUAAGCCCAAUGGAUGAACCUGUGCCUGAUUCUGAAUCACCUUUUGAAAAAGUGCUCUCACCUUUACGAAGCCCACCAUUAAUUGGUUCAGAGCCUCCCUAUGAUGCAUUUUUGACUGCUGAUGCAAAAUCUCCUACCAGAGAAACUGAGGCUCCCUUUGAAAAGAAGGGUGAAAAAGAUGGUUCUCCCUUGGAAAAAAGCCCAGUUUCCGAAGUGUCCACAAGCAUUUCUACAAGCAUCUUGCAAGAUGAGCAAGCUGAAAAAGAUGUGCAGCUUUCCCCACUGAAAUCAGACUUCGUCCUAGAAAAGCAAAAGGAUCAUUUCGAAUCUUCAGAAGCUCAGCCUGCAUUGGGUUUGGAUGAAAGAAAGCUAGGAGAGGUUUCUCCUACACAGGUAGAUAUCAGUCAUUUUGGCUGUUUCAAAGAAGACACCAAAAUGUCGAUUUCUGAAGGUACUGUCUCCGAUAAAUCUGCAACACCAGUUGAUGAGGUUGUAGCGGAAGACACUUACUCACACAUUGAAGGAGUUGCCUCUGUUUCCACAGCAUCUGUUGCGACCAGCUCAUUCCCAGAACCCACCACUGAUGACGUAUCUCCUUCACUGCAUGCUGAGGUUGGAUCCCCCCAUUCUACUGAAGUAGAUGAUUCUCUUUCUGUGUCUGUUGUGCAGACACCAACAACAUUUCAGGAAACAGAAAUGUCUCCAUCUAAGGAAGAAUGCCCAAGACCCAUGUCCAUUUCACCUCCAGAUUUGUCCCCCAAAACAGCAAAAUCAAGGACUCCUGUUCAAGAUCAUCGUUCUCCUGAACAGUCAACCAUGUCAGUAGAAUUUGGGCAGGAUUCUCCAGAGCAGUCUUUGGCAAUGGACUUCAGCAGACAGUCUCCUGAACAUCCCAUACCAGGUGCUGCUACACACCAUAUCUCUGAGAAUGGUCCAACUGAAGUGGAUUAUAGCCCUUCAGACAUGCAGGAACGUGGUUUCCCAAAUAAAAUAUCACCAGUGGAGCAAGCAUAUUAUAGCCAUGAAAAGGAUAUUUCAGAAAUCAUUUCAGUAUCUCAAAUAGAGGCCUCACCUUCUUCCUCCUCAGCUCAUACACCGUCACAGGCAAGUUCACCACUUCAGGAAGAGACAAUAGCAGGUGUUCCACAGGCCACUGGCGUGCCAUUGCAUUCUGCAUUUCCAUCAGAAAAAAUGCAUGGCCUGGGAGAAAAACUUUCACCAAAAUCUGACUUGUCUCCAUUAACACCACGGGGAACAUCUCCUUUAUACUCCCCUGGUUUUUCAGAUUCACCUCCUGCCAUCAAAGAAACUACUGCUGCUGGUGGGUCACCUCCACUAUCAUUGCACAUGUCCUCCGACAAAACAUUUGGCUACCAUACCUCAGGAGUUCAAGACAUUCUGACAAACCAUAGUCAAGAGCUUACUUCUUGUACAGAACAGACAGAUGCUGAAGAAGCAACCAGGACAUCUGAAGCUCUUAAUUACUCUUACAAUGGCACUGGAAAAAGCACCAAAUCACCUGAACCUGUUAGUUAUUUGUUUGAAACAACAGGCAAAAUCAGUGGCUCCUCUGAUACUCUUGAUUAUUCCUAUGUUGCCACAGGGAAAACCACAAGGUCACCUGAAGCUGAUAGCUAUUCCUAUGAAACAGUAGAACAAGUCACCAAGUCAUCGGAAGCCUUUGAUUAUUCCAGUGAAAAAGCCACCAGAUCUUCUGAGUCUGCCAGCUACUCUUAUGAGGCCACAGGAAAAACAAGCAAAUCACCAGAGACGAUCAGCUAUUCUUAUGAGAUCACUGGAAAAGCUAGCAAAUCCCCAGAAUCUGUCAGUUACUCUUAUGAGGCAAUUGGGAAAACCUCUAGAUCACCUGAUACUGCCAGCUACCACUAUGAGGCUGAUAAAUACUUUGGUUCAGAAAAAUCAGAAACACGUCAAGAUGUUGAUUUGUGUCUAGUCUCUUCUUGUGAAUAUAAGCAUCCCAAAACAGAACUUUCACCUUCCUUUAUUAAUCCUAACCCCUUAGAAUGGUUUGCAAGUGAAGAACAGUCUCAGGAACAAGAGAAGCCAUUAACUCAAUCUGGAGGAGGACACCCUCCUUCAGGAGGGAAACAGCAAGCACGCCUGUGUGGUGAAACGCCUCCAACCUCAGUCAGCGAAUCCGCUCCAUCACAGACUGAUUCAGAUGUGCCCCCUGAGACAGAAGAGUGCCCUUCUAUUACAGCGGAUGCUAAUAUUGAUUCCGAAGAUGAAUCUGAAACUAUUCCAACAGAUAAAACCAUCACAUAUGAGCACAUUGACCCUCCGCCACUCCCAGUGCAAGACCGUAGCCCUUCACCUAGGCACCCUGAUGUCUCCAUGGUAGACCCAGAGACUUUACCUAUUGAUCAGAACUUAGGCAAGCCUUUGAGGAAAGAUCUGAAAGAAAAGAGUAAAACGAAAAAACAAGGCACCAAAACCAAGUCUUCCUCUCCGGCCAAGAAGAGCGACAGCAAAUCAAAACAGGUGGCUUCACCAAAGCCCGCUGGAUUGAAGGAGUCAUUGGAUAAAGUUUCAAGAACAGCUUCUCCAAAGAAGAAAGAGUCUGUGGAGAAAGCUGCCAAAAAUGUCUCUACUCCUGAGAUAAAAUCUUCCCGUAAUGAGGAAAAAGAUAAAGAAACCAAAAAUGCAGCUAACUCUACAACAUCAAAGUCAGCAAAGACUACAACUGCAGGACCUGGAAAUGGAAAAUCAACAAAAUCUAUAGCUGUGCCUCCAGGACCACCUGUUUAUUUGGAUCUGGUAUAUAUUCCCAACCACAGCAAUAGCAAGAAUGUGGAUGUAGAGUUUUUCAAACGGGUGAGGUCCUCCUACUACGUGGUGAGUGGAAACGAUCCUGCAGCUGAAGAACCGAGCAGGGCUGUCCUGGACUCCUUGCUGGAGGGCAAGGCUCAGUGGGGAAGCAACAUGCAGGUGACUUUAAUCCCAACUCAUGAUUCAGAAGUGAUGAGGGAAUGGUAUCAAGAGACCCAUGAAAAACAACAGGACCUUAACAUCAUGGUUUUGGCAAGCAGCAGCACUGUUGUGAUGCAAGAUGAAUCCUUCCCUGCAUGCAAGAUCGAACUGUAAAAAAAAGAAAAGAAAAAG